CUCUUUUUCUCUCUCCCUUUCUCUCUUCACUCAAACACACACAGCUCAGCAUCGCCACUGGCACGACUCAUAAAUCCACCCGUUUUAUGCUCCUCAGUCCUUCAGAGCCACUUGGAGGGAAGAUUUGUGUAACAGCUCCGGUUAGAGGUUCGUUCCAAAAAUGGUGUGCAGAUAGAGUGAGGAUUAUUCAGAGUUCAGCGGCGAUGAACAGGAUGAACAUGUCGACUUACCAGGAGGAGGAGCUGCUGGGUAACUCCACCUGGACCUUCUCCUACCAUCACCAGAACAACACCCCCACCCCGCCGCUGCUGCAGGACCAGGCCUCCACCCUCAAACCCGCAGCCUGUGAACAGGUCCACAUUGCUGUGGAGGUGUUUCUGAUUCUAGGGAUAAUCUCACUGCUGGAAAACAUCAUGGUCAUCACGGCAAUAGUAAAGAACAAGAACCUCCACUCACCCAUGUACUUUUUUGUCUGCAGUCUGGCUGUGGCGGACAUGCUGGUCAGCGUGUCCAACGCAUGGGAGACCAUCAUCAUUUACCUGCUGAACAACAGGCAGCUGGUGGUGGAGGAGCACUUCAUCAGACAGAUGGACAACGUGUUUGACUCCAUGAUCUGCAUCUCGGUUGUGGCGUCCAUGUGCAGCCUGCUGGCCAUCGCCGUGGACAGGUAUGUCACCAUCUUCUACGCUCUGAGGUACCACAACAUCAUGACGGUGAGGAGAGCAGGCUGCAUCAUUGGAGGAAUCUGGACCUUCUGCACCGGCUGUGGGAUCGUCUUCAUCAUCUACUCUGAGACCACCCCUGUCAUCAUCUGCCUGGUGUCCAUGUUCUUUGCCAUGCUGCUCAUCAUGGCCUCCCUGUACAGCCACAUGUUCAUGCUGGCCCGUUCGCACGUCAAGCGGAUCGCCGCACUGCCAGGCUACAACUCCAUCCACCAGCGCACCAGCAUGAAGGGCGCCAUCACCCUCACCAUCCUCCUGGGCAUCUUCAUCGUCUGCUGGGCCCCCUUCUUCCUGCACCUCAUCCUGAUGAUCUCCUGCCCUCGCAACCUGUACUGCGUGUGCUUCAUGUCCCACUUCAACAUGUACCUCAUCCUCAUCAUGUGCAACGCCGUGAUCGACCCGCUGAUCUACGCCUUCAGGAGUCAGGAGAUGAGGAAGACGUUCAAGGAGAUAAUCUGUUGCUACAGCUUAAGAAACGUCUGCAGCAACCUUUGCUCCCUCACCGGUAAGUUCUGAAAAGAAAAAAUGGAGGAAAAGAACACACACACACAUGUACACACACACCCACACGCACACACACACACAAAAAAAACCCAAAGUUGGAUGAAUGAACUUGAACUGAGACUGGUUCCGGAAAUUCAAUGUCCAGCAUAUGGAAACUGUGUUUUGUUGGUUUUGGGGGGGUUUUCCACUUACGUAUUACAGUCAAAACAGUUUUUAGUUGAACGUUUGUUUUUCCGCCAACUGUUAAAAAGGACGAGCCAGAAUGGAGCCAGAAACAGUGAAGUGUUUCCUAAUGUGCUAAUGCACUGCAUCCAAAACACACACAAAGAGGCUGAUUUAUUAGAUACAUUAUCCAAACGCUCUAUCAGCCCCAUCCGAAAUCACAAGUCAUUUAAAAAUGCGUCACAGAAAUCUACCCUUCUUUCAUUCUCCCCUGACAUGUCCUCCUCUGUGUGGUUUCGCUUUUCUUUUGGCUCUCCUUUUCUAAUCAACGACAUUACUGUCCUACCCUACAGAACUAUGACCGACAAGGCAGCCUGACAGAUCUUUUUCACUUCUAUCAAGUGAGCCAUGCAGACUGAAAGAGAGCUUAGAUAUUCACUGUUAAUUGCUGAUGAUGGCAACCCUACGCAGCCAGUGUUGCUUCAAAACCGUGAUGUGCACAUCCUUGGCAAUUAGGACUAACCCGCGUGGCGGAACGGCCUGGGCAAUGAUGCCCUGACAGGAUCCUGGGAGUUCUCACUGAUGUUACGAAAGGAGGCCAAAAAGCUUUAGAAAUGGAAUUCAGCGCUUUAGGGGAUAAAACAUGAAGUCGUUGUAAUGCAGUGUUCAGGGGGUUUGGAAUAUGCUUGAAUCAACACCACUCUUCCUUUUUUGUGGAUGUAAUGGUUUUAAAAUGUAAAAAAUGCAAUUUUAUUGACAGGUGCAAAAACAUAUAAACACAUUAGUGGGGCAGAGAUGAACAGAAGCAAGUCAUCAGCGUUUAAUGACAGUGUGUGAAGUCCUUCAGCUGACUGAUACUUUACUGGUCGUACAGUGGAACUAUUUCAGACAUCAAAGUACAUAGCUAAAUACACUGUAAAGGAAUCUAAAGAGUAACAUCAAGUACAAUAUAAAGAAAAGUUGAAGGAUUUUGAUUGUCGUACCUAGAAAAGAUUAUAUCUAAGCAAUAGUUUAAGCAGCCAAUAGUAUUUCAAGAUAUGAAAUGUAGUGUAUUGUUCAGCUGUUAGCAAGAAGAGAGCCAUUGUAGAAGGAGAAUGAAUGACAAGAAUGAUUUCUUAACUCAUUCAGUGAAGGUGGACGCAUGGCGGUGCAGAGAGUGUUUCUGUUUUCUCACAGAUGAUCGUUUCUCAUUUUCUACUGUCAGGACAUAAUGACAGUUUUAACAAAUAUGUG